CGGCGCCGCAAAAAAAGUGGAAUGAUUACUCUUCCUCUGCGAGACGACGAUGAGGAAAACGACACAUACGAAGCUAAAAUGCUCCUCAUAGGCGAGAAUGGUCUCGACGGUGAGAGUUUACCUCCUACUCCUCUGCGUGACGGUGCACUGGAGCUCCAGAAGUAUAACAUCAGCUCCAUCGAGUCAACAGUCGUGAUUCGUGAGCUGACGUCACAAGGUCUCUCCUUUCAGCUCUGGCCAGCGGCUUCUACUUUCGUCACGUUGCUUGAUAACUACCGACGUGACCCUAGCAAGAGUCCACUCACCGCCACACUCUUGUCGCUGAAAAAACCAUCGCCGUUGAACAUACUCGAGCUCGGAUCUGGAACCGGCCUCGUCGGGAUCGCUGCGGCAAUCACUCUCUCUGCUAACGUCACGGUGACGGAUCUCCCACACGUCUUAGAUAAUCUCAACUUCAACGCCGAAGCAAACGCUGAAAUUGUUGAGAGAUUCGGCGGGAAAGUCAACGUGGCACCACUACGAUGGGGAGAAGCUGAUGACGUGGAGGUUCUAGGUCAGAACGUUGACUUGAUUCUGGCUUCGGACGUGGUGUAUCAUGACCAUCUCUACGAGCCUCUCCUCAAAACGCUGCGUUUGAUGCAGCUAGAGGGGAAGAGGUUAAUUUUCCUGAUGGCGCAUCUAAGGAGAUGGAAGAAAGAAUCUGUCUUCUUCAAAAAAGCUCGAAAGCUCUUCGAUGUUGACGUUAUCCACUCUGAUGUUCCUCAAGAAAGUUCUAGAAUCGGUGUUGUGGUUUACCGUUUCACCACGAAACAGCCAAAUCAGAAUGGUCGGAUUGUUUCGUGUUAGCAAUCGCGUUGUCAGGAUUCAUUUCCUAAAUAAAGUUUGCAAAAAUGUUUGUCAUGUCUAUUCAAUUCAGGUGUUAUUAAAUGAUGAACCAAUCCAUGCAAAUUAAAUAUAAGCAUUGAAGACUAUAAG